AUGGUCCCCGGGCUUCUCAGGCCUGGACACACUGCGCAGGCGUCCCCCGAGUCCUCAACUCUGCUCUUUGACCUCCCGCCCCACCCCCGCCCCUCCACAGCCACCGGACGGCUCUUCCGGUGUUGUGGAGGCUGUUCCGGUUCGCGGCGGUUCCCGGGUUUUGCGUUCCGCGCCCGGCCGGAAACCCCUUCGCAUAGCAGCCGGUUCCGGUUCGAACUUUGUAUCUUUGCUAAAGUCAGUGAUGUGAAAAGACCUGACAUGGAUGAUAUUGCUGAUAGGAUGAGGAUGGAUGCUGGAGAAGUAACGUUAGUGAACCACAACUCCAUAUUCAAAACCCAUCUCCUGGGACAAACAGGUUUUCCAGAGGACCAGCUUUCACUUUCUGACCAUCAGAUAUUACCUUCCAGGGAAGGAAAUUUGGACCGAUCUUAUACAUGUUCUACAAGAAGUGCAGCUUAUAAUCCAAAUUAUUAUUCAGGAUUCUUUGUCAGCAAGAUGAGAUCUCCUCCCCUAAAAAGACACAACCCUUCCUCAGACAGUUUUCUUGGCUCAGGAGAUUUAAGAACCUUUGGCCAGAGUGCAAAUGGCCAGUGGAGAAAUUCCACUCCAGCAUCAGGUUCAACUUUACAAAAAUCAAGAAACAGCCGAAGUCUUUACCUCGAAACCCGAAAGACCUCAAGUGGAUUAUCAAACACUUUUACAGGAAAGGCAAAUCAUCACUGCCAUGUGUCUGCAUACGAAAAAUCUUUUCCUAUUAAGCCUGUCCCAAGUCCAUCUUGGAGUGGUUCAUGUCGCCGAAACCUCUUGAGCCCCAAGAAAACUCAGAGGCGACAUGUUAGUACAGCAGAAGAGACAGUCCAAGAAGAAGAAAGAGAGAUUUACAGACAGCUACUACAGAUGGUUACAGGGAAACAGUUUUCUGUAGCCAAACCCACCACACAUUUUCCUUUACACCUGUCCCGAUGUCUUAGUUCUAAUAAGAAUACUUUGAAAGACCCACUGUUUAAAAAUGGAAGUUCUUGUGCAGCUCAGAUUAUUGGCUCUGAUACUUCAUCAUCUGGAUCUGCCAGCAUUUUAACUACCCAGGAACAAGUGUCCCACAGUGUGUAUUCCUUAUCGUCGUAUGCCCCAGAUGUUGUUGCAUUUGGAUCCAAAGAUUCUGAUCCUCUCCAUCAACCCCAACAUCACCACUCUCUUCUACAUCAGCCAGACAACUUACCAGCUUCAAAUACACAAUCGGAAGGAUCAGACUCUGUGAUUUUACUCAAAGUGAAAGAUUCCCAGACUGCAACUCCCAGUCCUGCGUUUUUCCAGGCAGAGUUGUGGAUCAAAGAAUUAACUAGUGUUUAUGAUUCUCGAGCACGGGAGAGAUUGCGCCAGAUUGAAGAGCAGAAAGCACUAGCAUUGCAGCUUCAAAACCAGAGACUGCAGGAACAGGAACAUUCAGUACAUGAUUCAGUAGAACUGCAUCUUCGUGUACCUCUUGAAAAGGAGAUCCCUGUAACGAUCACCCAAGAAACAGAAAAGAAAGGUCAUAAAUUAACUGAUAGUGAAGAUGAAUUUCCUGAAAUCACAGAGGAAAUGGAGAAGGAAAUAAAAAAUGUAUUUCGUAAUGGGAACCAAGAUGAAGUUCUGAGUGAAGCAUUCCGCUUGACCAUUACACGCAAAGAUAUUCAAACUCUGAACCAUCUGAACUGGCUCAAUGAUGAGAUCAUCAAUUUCUACAUGAAUAUGUUGAUGGAGCGAAGUAAAGAGAAGGGAUUACCAAGUGUGCAUGCAUUUAAUACCUUUUUUUUCACUAAGUUAAAAACGGCUGGUUAUCAGGCAGUGAAACGUUGGACAAAGAAAGUGGAUGUGUUUUCUGUUGACAUUCUUUUGGUGCCCAUUCACCUGGGAGUGCACUGGUGUCUUGCUGUUGUGGACUUUCGAAAGAAGAAUAUUACCUAUUACGACUCUAUGGGUGGAAUAAACAAUGAAGCCUGCAGGAUCCUCCUCCAAUACCUAAAGCAAGAAAGCAUUGACAAGAAAAGGAAAGAGUUUGACACCAAUGGCUGGCAGCUCUUCAGCAAGAAAAGCCAGGAAAUUCCACAGCAGAUGAAUGGAAGUGAUUGUGGCAUGUUUGCCUGCAAAUAUGCUGACUGCAUUACCAAAGACAGACCAAUCAACUUCACACAGCAACACAUGCCAUACUUCCGGAAGCGGAUGGUCUGGGAGAUUCUCCACCGAAAGCUCUUGUGA